CUGGACCGUUCAGGCUUACGAGUGGUGAGGAUUGAAUUUGCUCCCCUUGUCCCAAAAGAAAAGAGAGAAACCCCAAGCAUCCCAAAGACCCAGACGCCGCCGGGACGCCGCCGCCGUAGCCGAGCGCGCCGCCAGCCAACUGAGCCAAGAACAGACGAAGAAAUGCUCCGCCGCAGCGCGAGCUCCUUGCUAAGUGCCUGCAGGCUCCUCCGUCAGCCGUCCACUCCCGCGUUCCGGCGCCACCCGGAGCCCCGCCGCCUCUGCCCUUCGCCGGCAGCAUCGGUCCUCGGCGCCCGGGGCUACGUCGUCCGGCGCAUGGCGCGGCGGAUCCCGCCCGCGAGGCCUGACGGGUACUCGACCUCCGACGGCGAGGCGGACGGCGGGUACGGAGACGGCCACGAGGACAUGGAGCCGCCCGCCGAGGAGGGCGCCGCAGAGGAGGCGGACGAGGAGUUGGAGGGGUACGAGCUGGACUUCGGCGCCCUAUUCGGCGGGGCCGGGGACAAGGAGGAGGAGGAGGAGGAGGAGGGAGAGAAGAAGUAAGUUUAGUGCCGGCGAUCCCACAUCUCCGCCGGCGCAAGCUAGGUGUUUGUGGAAAUGAUUGAGAGGCCGCACGCAUGCCGUCGUCGUCAUCGUCUACAUACUCUUGUUCAAGGUCAAUGUUAGUCAAUUUCUCUCUAGCACAUUUCUGGCCUCGAACUUGGAUUUCGAACCGCUGAUUAAUCUACAUAUGAUUGCGCAAAAGGUUGCUUGUAACUCAGGAUGUAUGCAUAUGCAGCCUUCUAGUUUUGAACACUUAACGGGCUUAAACUUUGCUGCUGGAUUUCUUCUUGCAUGUGCUCUUAUUAUGAACAUGCUUCGAGUUAUGUUCCUUCAGAAUAUCUUAUUCUGCUAUACUGAGCAUCAUUUGGUAGUUGAUAUGUUCAGUACUGAAGUAUAUAUCACCUGGUAUGGUCUCAGUUAGAUA